GAAACUUUUAUUUAUUCAGUGGAAAAGAAUCUUCCGUAAUCUUAUCUCCUUCUCAUGUCUCCCUUCGAAACAUGAAUUGCUUCACCUUGGUUUUCUUGCUCUUCCCCGCCGUAUUUUCAGGUAAGAGUAUAAUUUUAUAGCUUCAUUUUCACAAAAACAGUAUACAGUGGCCGGGUACAAAUCGCAAUUGUUAUGUAAACGUUCAAAUGUUGCUUGAGAUAAGAGUGAACGAAUUUUAAACUGAAGCUAAAGAAAUGGACCAUCCUCCCCUUUUUAGCGUGUACAGUUCUAACUAACGAGAAAAGAAUAGUCACAGGUAUAUAGGCUGAAAUUAAAAGAAGAAGCUUCGUGACUUAGUCUCUUUUCGUCCAAACGAAACAACUGAAUUACGAUCUUCGUGAGACUUUGUCAAAGGCGAAGGAAGAGAAAUAUACAAAAACAUAAAGGUUGUCAAAUUUCAGUAGUAUAAUCAAUCUGUCAACCGUUUCUAUGAAUCAUAAAUUUUAACUUUUCUCGCUGAAUAACGGAUAAUAAUAAAAUUUGUUUCGCACUGCUUUCAAUUGGACACUUAAAAAGCACUUAGAGGAAAUCAAUCAACGCUGGCUUUAAAAUCUGCUGUAAGUUAUGCAUAGCGGUUACUGGCUUCAUCAUUGUUAUAUUUGAGAGAUCAAAUUGUUACUGAUGUCAAUUUUGUCUAUUAAGGUGUGGCAGCAAAUCGUACAACUUUGACUAGCCAAAAAAUUACUCAUGCUUUAUGAGAACGGAAACGAAUGGUGUCUAAGGAGUGUCUAGUCAUGAUCAUCAGUACUCGCACUUUAGCAUUGCAAGAGAGUAUAACCUUAGAAUAGAUUACAACACAAAGUGAGCUCAUUACCCAUCAUCAAUUCUUGCAUCAUAUUCAUUAGGCUACUGAACAACAGUUUCAAAUUGUUGUUAAAUUCGUUGGUGGGGUGUUAAAGCCGUAUUGAGAAAAUUAAAGAUAGUUUAAGACCAGGGAUUGUACCGCGCGCGAAAGUAUUGAUAAAUAAAUGCUUUCUUGCUGUUGCAAAUUUGAAGCCUUGGUAAUAACAGUCUUGCUGUAGUCUUUAAAAACCGCAAAAUGGAAGAACCUGACCUUCCAUUAUUAAAGGCAAAUAAGCUUGACUAUAAAGGGUUUUUGUGUUAUCGCAUUAACCACACCAAAGGAUUUGCUACGAUUUUGCCGCAGAUCCUAUGGAUUUGUUGACAGAUCAAGUAUAUGCUUUUUCACUUACAGAAGAUGUCGUCAGGCUUGUCAAACCACCAGAUUCAGUUCAGGAAGGUCUGGGGCGAGUAGAGGUUAAACACCAGGGAACCUGGGGAACAGUUUGUGACGACGGCUGGUCUUUUGAAGACGCUUCUGUAGUUUGCGAGGAAAUGGGCUUCGUAAAGGCUAUUUUCCAGGCAAGACGAUAUUAUUUCAACAGGAAUGUUUUUUUUUUAUCCUUUGGAAGUUUAAGGCAGUUUGUCUAUCAAAACAUUGGUAUUUUGUCCUUUUUGAUAUGUCAUGCGCUUAACAAAGGUAUCCAUAAAUUUGGCCUAGUGAAUGCCUUUGCUUACACAAAGGGCCUGUUUACAAAAAAAAAGAAGAAAAUGUUUACCUGAGAGCGUAACAAAGGUUCUUUUAUUCCACUAUAGAAACAACCAAAUUGAAGGCCUCCUUUCAACAUUCAGUAAAAUUUCAAUAAACUGUUAGUUUCGAAUCGAAGUAACUCCAUGGAUUUGUUAAUGAGAAGCCUAUGAUAUACUGCAAGGUUAUUUGAACCAGUGCCGGCAAAUAACCCUCAAGAGUAAGUAAAUCAGACUGGUUGGAGAUAACGAUCAUUUAUUACAAAAUCACAGCCCAAACUGAUUCCUGCUUGAGGCCGGCAUUACAACUCUCACAGUCGCUUCUCUAGGGCCAAGUUACAUUAACUUGCAACAACUUAUCUCGCUUUAGACAUAGUUGGCCUGACCCUCUUAACUCGUCUGGAAUAGAUGUUCCAUUAUACAGAUGACGAGGAAAUCAAUCAGUCAGUAAUUAAAAUAUAUUCCAUAGGCAAACCGCGCAAAGUUUGGCCAGGGGACUGGCCCUGUGUGGCUUAGCAAGAUGAUGUGCACUGGACAAGAGAAAACGUUGUUGGACUGUCCCCACUCAGGGUGGGGAGAAAACAGCUGUGAUCACAGUCGAGACGCUGGUGUCAGCUGCUUACAACAAGGUCUGCCUCAAAUCCUUGAAGUUGGCUGCUACCAAGAUAAACCUGAUGAUCGAGCCUUGAACAAGCUUUACGCCAACCUCAGAUCACAAAUCGAUUGGUGGAACAUGCGAUCGAUGGUCACUAAGUGUGCAGAGCGUGCUUUCGUGCGAGGUUACAAAUAUUUUGGAGUACAGUUUUACGGGGAGUGCUGGGGUGAUGACAGACUCCGACCGAGCUAUGAUAAACAUGGCCCUGGAAAGGGAUGUACAGACGGUGAGUUAGUAUCAGGGAGGCCUGGGGUGCUCCGCCCAGAGGUCCAAACCCUUCACCCUUUUGUACAUACACCUUUUUUGACAGAAAAGGUCCGCUUUCCUAUACCCUCUAAUGUCAAAUGGUACUCCUUUCUCAUACCUACUUUAGAACUGUGUAUCUUUUUAAACUACUGUAAAUGUACUGCAUGUCUUUAAAAUAUCAACAAACCACAAAAACCUUCAGUUUUUUCGAUUUUUUGACAGCCAGAAAGUGCAGCUGUGGGCUUUUUUACAGACUAAAAUAGCAGAUUUCCCUUCUUUUCUCAUAAACCUAGUCUAGUGAAAUCCCUACUCUUUCAUAAACCUGAAGUCUGGAAGAGGUUCCCCUUUCGGGCGGAGCCUCCCCAUAUAAACCAUUAUAGGGGAUACCCCUGGGGUAAGUAUACAGAUCACGUACUGCACCCUCACAAGUAGAUUUUGAUUCCUCGUCAAACCGCUUUAAAAAACUUUGAAGCACUUAUCUCGCCAAAGGCCAUCGAUUUCUUUACGUUAUUGUAGGCGUUGGGGAUGAAGUUCACAACUAUGUUUACCGAUUUGCACCGUGGCGUGACCUCGGUUGCUGGCGUGACGUGGGUGAUGGACGCACCAUGAAGCUAUUGGCCAAUUUCCGACAAAAAAUUGAUUGGUUUCACUUGGAGAAGACUGGUAAGUAGCAGCACGCGGCCGAAACACGUACGCACAGAUUUUUUUUUCUGACAUAAAAGACAUUUCAAAUCCCACAAUUCCCACUCAUCCUUCAGAUUGUCCUCAUAGGAAUCUUGCGAUGUCAACGGCGCCACCAGUAAAGUCACUGGUGAAAAUAGUGCUCGCGUCCUUUCCAAGUCACCCAGUUUCUUAAAAGUAGGAAAAAUAGGUUGGAGCUGAAGGUGAAAGGACCUUAAAGUCCCUUAUUCUGAGAUGACAUGUGACUUCUCAAUGUGCUGAAAAUAAAACAAGCGAGACCCCUAAUUUUUAUAUGCAAUCGUUUAUUUCAUCUUUGACACUUAUUACCCAAACGAACGACUGAGCAACAUUUUGCAAUAUAAUUAUUAAAAAAUUCUCAAUAUUUCCAUAUUUAGUUCACAUGUGCUACGAAGCGGCCAAAAAAGCCAAUAAGAAGUUCUUUGCCAUUCAGUUUUUUGGCGAGUGUUGGGUAUCUGAUACAGAAUCUUACAAAUUGCAUGGUCCGUCCACAAACUGUUGGAAUGGAGUUGGCAGAGAUUACGACAAUUAUGUGUACGAAGUGCUUUGGUGAACCGCGCAGGUAAUUAUAAAAAACAAAGCACAGGGGAAUGAGGGUUCUGAUCAUUUUAAUCACUUUGUUACUCAGAGUAAUUGUUCCUAAACUUAGAGUGACCAUGAGAGGAAGUCAGAAACCUAAGAAGCAACUUGCAACCACAGUAGUAUAGUGCGAAUGUUUAAUGCCAUUAUUCUUUGAAAGAUAAGUAUUAGUUGGUGUCUAAAGUAUAUUGACGUCACCAUGAGGCCGAUGAGAGGUAGCCUUAGUCUCGUACAUCGUUGAAAGUAACUAACUGUUAUAUUUCUUGCUGCCCUCAUUUCCCGUUGCAGCCGAGUUUCGAUCAAGUCGGCAGUUAAUGGCCAUUUGAAACGAUGACGUCGUUUUCCCACCACUGCUACUGCUACUGCUACUACUACUGCUACUACCACUACCACUACCACUAAUACAACGACCACCACCACCACCACCAGGGUUUUGCUUUCUUGUACAAAUUAGGGCUUUUGUCAGUUGAACCUCACUGGGAUUACCAAAUUGAAAUUGGAAAGAAAACCGACGAAAUGAAUAUUGUGGUCGUAUUUGUCGUAGCAGGCCUAUUCUCAGUUGGUACAUGUUAAAAAGGGUUAGCCAACUAAUGAGGGAAAGCCAACCUCGUUCCCAGGGCUUUUCGCGCCCACCCCAAUCUCAAAGGGAGGUUAAGUAAAAGCAAACGGCCCUUUUUUUAGUCGAGCGAGAGUCUGCUUCUGGCUGCAACUUUAUGCAUAAAGGCAACCACUACAGUUAAUCAAAGCUGCCCGACGUUCUAAAUAAAACUAGCAACAACAAUCUUAAUAGACUUAUAGUUGUAAAUGAUAACUUAGUUUAUAAAUGAGUUCUUGAACUUAAACGUUGCGUACAACAAUCUUCAUCUUCGUUUUUCCCACCAGGUGACUAAGAAGAAAGAAAACUCAAGCGGGAUACAUUUAAACAUAAUCAUUGAUCUGGCAAAAAUAAAUUAAUGAAACAUUUUAUCUGA